CUGGGGAAAGAGGAUCUGCUCUGUCUCCUGUCCCACAGCAUGUCCCCAGCCCUGGGACAGCUCCUGGCACUGAUGGCUCUGCUGCUGCUGCAGCCACCAGGGACUCGGGGGGCUCAGUGUCCCAUCCCCGACAUUGCGAACGGGCAGCUGAUCUCUGCGCAGAACUUCACCUGGGGCAGCACGGCCACGCUGCACUGCCAGCCCGGCUUCGUGCCGCUGGGCGCUGCCAGCACCGUGCGCUGCCUGCCCGGCGGCCGCUGGUACCCACGGGUGCCCUCCUGCGUGCCAGGGCAGUGUCCCCACCCUCCCCCUGUGGAAUUCGCCGAUCUCCAGCCCCGGCGGGAGUUCCCGGUUGGGAGCACCGUGAGCUACUCCUGCAGGCUCGGCUUCUCCCCGAUCCCCGGCGUGUCCCCAACCAUCACUUGUCUUCAGAACUUCACGUGGUCCUCGGUGCCCCGGCUGUGCCAGAAGGUGCAGUGUCCCAGCCCGGUCAUCCCCCACGGGAGAGAGGCCAGCCCCAGGAGAGCCGCCUACACCUUCGGGCAGCAGGUGGAGUUCCAGUGUGAGCCUGGCUUCGCGCUCAGGGGCAGCGAGAGGGUGCAGUGCCUGGCAGAGGGGAUGUGGAGACCCCCCGUGCCCUACUGCGACAGGGUGUGCGAUCCCCCUCCCAGAAUCGCCAGCGGGCAGCACUCUGCCCUGGGGGUCAAGCAGUUCCCCUACGGCUUUGAGGUCAAGUACAGCUGUGCAGAGGGGCUGUCCCUCAUCGGGGACGAGUCCAUCUACUGCACCUCCGAGGAUGGCGAGAGGCUGGUGUGGAGCGGAGCUGCCCCGGAGUGCAGGCUGAUUCGGUGCCCCAAGCCGGUGGUGGAGAGGGCGAGGAUGACCCCACAGACGUUCACCUUU